AUGAACCAAACCCUAAUUCCGUUCUUGUUCAGCUCAUGUGACCGUGAAGAUAAUGAUUCGGUUUUCGAUCUUCAAGAAGUGUUAAGUAAAUUUACAUUUAGUACUAUUUGUAAAGUUGCAUUUGGUGUUGAUUCUUCAUCUUCUAUGUCAGAUUUGCCUUUCUCCCAAGCUUUUGAUGAUGCUGUUGAAAUUUGCUUUUUUUCAAGAUUUUUAUCUCCAUUACCUCUAAUAUGGAAGAUCAAGAAAUUUCUCAAUUUCGGAUCAGAGAAGCGAUUAAAAGAAGCCAUUGAAAUUAUAAACAGCUUUGCCAUGCAGAUUAUCAGGUCAAAACUACAAGAAACUGAUCAGAAAAACCAAGAUUUGCUAUCAAGAUUCAUAAUCUUGAGCUCCGAUUUAGAAUUUCAAGAUCAAGAACAUAAAACAAAGUUCUUAAGAGACAUAGUUAUAAGCUUCGUUCUUGCCGGAAAAGACACAACUUCAUCUGUUUUAACAUGGUUUUUCUGGCUACUCGCCGGAAAUCCACGUGUAACACGGUUGAUACAUCAAGAAUUAGCAGAAGUAGCAUCGUUGUCGGAGCCGGGGCCGGAAUUUACGUCGAAAACGUUAAGAAUGAGGAUGUUUAGCUACGAGGAGCUUAAAAAACUACAUUACUUGCAUGCCACGCUAUCAGAAACAAUGAGAUUAUUUCCACCGGUGGCGAUCAAUUCAAGAUUAACGGUGGAUGAUGAUGUUUUACCGGACGGAACACGUGUCGGAAGAGGGUGGUUUGCUGAUUAUUCAGCUUAUGCAAUGGGCAGGAUGGAGAAAAUAUGGGGUGGAGAUUGCAGAGAGUUUAAGCCGGAGAGGUGGUUGGAUGAGAAUGAUGGGAAAUUUCAGCCGUCGGAUCAGUUUCGAUUCCCUGUGUUUCAUUGUGGACCCAGGACUUGUUUGGGUAAGGAGUUGGGUUAUAUUCAGAUGAAGGCGAUUGCAGCUGCUCUGAUUUAUGAGUUUGAAAUCUUGGCCGUUGAUGGAGGGGCGAAUGCAGAGAGGAUGAUGAAUCCGCCUUAUGUUGUAUCAUUGCUUCUUAAAAUGAAAGGUGGCUUGAAAGUUAAGGUUAAAAGGAGGGAGAGGUAG